CAUGCCUGAGAGCCCGUCCGUCGUGGAUGCAUCCUACGAUGCUGCACCUGUGGCGAUUCUUCUGAGCGCCGGAGCUUUUUUUGAGGUGAUUGUGUAUUUCUCGCGUAUCCCUCAACAUGCGCUCAUCGAUGCUCCUGAGGGGGCCGUCGCAAACCCUCUCAGUGAGCAACCUUUCAGUCCUCGGUAGUAUAUCGGCUAGUACACCCG